UGCAGCUAAAAGACCAAACUAUGUCUGUGUCAAAAAAGGACAGCAUGCAGCCAUCAUUUUCUCUGAUGGCAAUAUAUCAAGUCAACCAUAUUAAUGUCAUCUGUAUUACAGGUUAUGGUAUCUUACAAAGAACAGAGUGUUCUUUUUUAAGGGUAUGCAAAUAAUUAAUUUGGCAGAUGCAAAGCUACCUCAUAUCACCUCUAAAACCUUAUUAGCAAUAUUGUUGUCCCAUGUCGUGGGAAAGAACUUUGAUCCACUGCAUUUACCAAGCAAACAGCAGCAUCCUGGUAAUGCAGAAUUUUAUUUCUGUAAGUCAUGUAGUGUAUCAGCCAACUCCACCUCUAAAAUAAAUUAUGCUCUCCAUUCUCACCAGUUAUGUUUGCAAUACCCAGGGUUAUGUUACUCAUCUUCAUAGUCACAUAGACAUAUUAUAGACACACACGCACACACACAAAGAGCCAUUGCUCCAUACACAAUGUAAUUUGCAUUUCUUGUUUGUUUUGUUGUCUUUGGUUUUGCUUUCUCUGCUCUGUAAAAUGCCACCAUUAUCCCUAACAAUAUGAACUAAUAGACAUUUGGAAAGCUUUAUAAUGUUAAUUUUUAAGAACAUGUUAAUAUAAUAUUAGCUCUUGGCACAAAAUAAAGGCUUAGAUAAACAUGUCUCUUAAGCCCUGGCAUGAUGUGUUUUCAUUGCAGUCACCUGCACCAGGUGGAAUGAUACUGGUCCCCGCCCUUAGAGAACACAGGAUGCAAAUUUUAUCAAUGCACAUAUCAGGUUUUGAGUCACCCUGUGAGAGGAGAGACAGCUGAAUGCUCACUUCUGCUCUGCAACCCAGACCGGCUAGGUUAAGCAAGGAACAGCAGUCUAAAUAAAAUCCACUGUCCAACAGACCAGUUUAGAUUUCCGUACAGAGAUGCCAAUAGCAGAACUGCUGGGAGUGCAGUUUGACAUGCAGCUGCUGGGCAAACUGACCCUGUCAGUGGCCACCAUGCUAUUUGUCUCCUUUGUUUUCAAAUUCUAUCACACCAGGGCCCAAAACAGACGGCGGGGUAGUAGAAGUAGAAGGGGUGUACAAGCAUCCCGAGGAAGCUACAGCACCUGCAAGACUGAACAAGAACCACAGAGUAAAGCUGCCAAGGAGGAGUCUGAGAGGGAGAAUAAUUUUCAACAAUCUUCCGAGAAGCCUUUGCAAGAAACCUUUAAAAAUGUCAAUGCUGCAAAUGAGAGAAGCCAGCCUAUUGAAACUAUGGACUUGGACAGUUGUACAAAGGAAGAAACAGCAGAGAAAAGCAACAUAAAAGAGGAUGUGGGCACAGAAGUGGAUAAUGAAAAGAAUUUGGGAAAUAAAGCCAAGCUGACGUUGUCCUUACAACCCCCUGCCCCUGAUGUACCUGAAAAAGGUCAAGUCAGUUUAAGUGGACGACGAUCGCCAUGCCUGAUAAAGAAGCUGGAUGGUGGUAUAGGUGUUGGGAGGGAGCUAAGGCAGGACCUUGGUCAUCAAGGCAUGUUCUCCAGUUUUCAGUCAAAGGCAGAAAUCAAAGUAGAGAAUGCGGACCUCAUCUUGGAUGGCUCAGGAAAUUGCAGACCAGGAGUUCAUGGAAAGAUCUAUGAUUACUAUGUAGAGUCCUCCUCACAUUUCAUCUCAGAUUUAAGCCCUACCCAGUCUGUCAGUCCAGUCUAUGGUCAAACUGAAGGCAACACUUUGUUUAAAUCCCAAUCUCUGGAUUUGUCUCAUUUUAAGGAACGCUCACGGACACCAAGUCCACAACCUUCCAGUUGUACUAUGAGAGAUCUUGAAAUUUAUUCACAAAUUACUAACAAGCCUCCUGUUAGAUCCAGCAGACAAGUAAUCAUCCGCCAGGACAGCUAUCUAACCGCUGCAGACUCCGAGCUUCUGAUCCCCUUCCCCACACAGAGGACUUUAACACCUCGUAGCUGUUCUCCAAAACUCAGUGACAGACCUUCAACCCCGUUAGAUUCUGGUACAGCAAACAUGGAUGAAUGUGAAGAACCACAGGUGGAAAAUGUUGCCGGGGCAAAAUUCUUACACUUUCCAGAGAACAUGGGUAAUGCAGAACUCGAGAGUCUAGCAGGAAAGCUUGAUCUAGGCAACUGCUUGGAGGCUUUAGCGCUUGCUAAAAAACAUGGUCACAUUGCCCUUCAGCAGGCUGCUCUCCGUGUCAUGUCUGAUAAUUACCUCCAGGUCCUGAGAGACCCAGCCCUUUUCGGCAGACUAAGAGCAGGGGAGCGUGAGCACAUCCAAACACUGCGCAUGAAAGGAAGGAAGUGGUUAAUGGUUGCGGAUAUGGAGUCCCAAGACUGGAGUAGAUGUCCAUCACGGUCUACAGAUCUGGAGUCAGUUAAGACAUCCAGUGAAAUGUAUUACUAUGAUGAUUAUAAGGACAGUUGGCACCUUCAAAGCCACAUUCCCCAGGAAGUGCUAUCUAAAGGUUGUGCCAUGUGCACUAUGGAUAAUUAUCUGUUUAUUGCCGUGGGCUUCACAGGGCCCGACCGUGAAGCGACCCCUUCGAAGAAAGUGUACUGUUAUAAUCCAGUGACUUCGAUUUGGAGUGAAAUAAGCCCCAUGAAUGAGGCAAGGCCUCACUGCAAACUUGUGGCUCUACAGGGCCAUCUUUAUGCCAUUGGAGGAGAAUGUCGAUCAACAGUUGAGCGCUAUGACCCUAGGUCUAACAGAUGGUCUUUUGUAGCACCACUUCCAAAUGAGACUUUCGCUGUAGCCCACCGUGCCACGGCUUGCAAUGGCGAACUGUUUGUAGCAGGGGGCACACUGAGGUACACGCUCUUACGCUACAAUCCCAAGACCAACACGUGGCGAGAGAGCAUGAUCAUGGGCAGUAAGGACAGAACCACGGAAAUGGUGGCGGUGAGAAACUUCCUGUACCACUUUGACGUCAGUCCUCAUGGCAUCAGUGUGUAUCGCUAUCAUGCAGUGGCUCGGUUGUGGUACGAAUGCUCCUCAAUACGCCUUCCCCACUGCACUGCCUUUCAGUGCGUGGCCAUGGACAACAUUAUCUACUGCGUGAACCGACAAUUCACCUUGAGGUUUCUUGCAGAUGAGGUAUCUCCCAGCUUUGUCGCUCAGGAUUUGAAAGUGCUCUCCCCGGCGAAGGGCAUUUUGUUUCCUUUUGUCCUUGUGCUGCCCGACAGGACUACUCUACAAACCUGUGUUUAAGCAAGAUCAGAUCUUUCAUGUAAAAGGCUUCCUGCACCAUCAAGUGGGGGAGAUAUCAAGGACGGAUGGAGUCUCAACAUGCUGGUACAGAACUAACACACCAUUACAAAAAAGUGACACAAAUGCAGGAAGACCCAGUUGGAAUCUUCAGAGGGAGAGAGUGCAGAGGGAAAGAGUGGGA